UAUUUCUUCGUUUCAGUCUGGUUAUUAUAAAUUCAACACGCCUUCUCUACAACAAUCAUAUCCGAACACUUCCCUCUGUAUCAAGGGAGUCCAGUGUCUCGCUUUCCUGUCCCUUUCAAAACGUCCCAGUGACGGCCUCUUGUGGGCAUGCCGCACAUUUGCUAAGUUCUUCUGUUUACAAACCUUAGACAGCGUCUCAAGCGACCAUAAAAAGCACCUCGCCUACGUGUCUAUCCAUCUUUGUCUUAUUUUGGCAGCAAUAUCAAUGAAAGUGGCAGUAAUUGGGUCUGGCUUAGCUGGCCUGACGACAGCAUACCUGCUUCGUCGGCACGGAUUUGAAGUCUGGUUAAUAGAGCGAUCAUCUAGCCUUGGCUUCCAUUCCGAAUCAAUAGAAAUGAACCAGGCUUCGGCGGAUGUAACGAGAGGUAAAUCACCAGGACAAAAGUGGAUCAUCGAUGUGCCUAUGCGUGGAUUUCAAGGAGGCUAUUAUCCCAAACUUCUCUCACUAUAUAGCCACCUCGGUCUGCCUGUCGUCCCCGUGAAUUACACCUUCUCUUUUUCAUCCUCUCAGUCGACCUAUUUCAUCCAUUCAGGGGCCUCUGGUGCCUCAGUACCUUCCCUACCAUCAGAAGCUUUUACUGGUUUUUCCAGGCUUGCCAGAGCCUUGAUGAAGUUACUGGGGGUAGCGCUAUGUUACCUCCUCUUGAUUGCCCUGUCCUUCGCAGCGUGGCAUGAUCUUCUUCCUCCACCUCUCUCGUCUACGACGUUAACAGUUCGACAAUUCACUACCUAUCUCUCCUCCUUCUUGACCUAUCCAAUCAGAAUACCGGUUAUAGGAUUAUCUCCUUGGACGCCAUUGGGAAACGUUUUCGAGAAUUUCAUGGGGACCCUUGUCUUACCACUCUUUUCGGCCGUGGGUACUAUGACAGCAGCUGAUGUCUGGGCUAUGCCUGUUCGUCUGCUACUCGAAUAUGUGCAUACUACUUUGGGCACUUCUCAUUAUCAUUUGGGAGACGGCUUCUCAUCGGCCGAUGUCGCGAGACAGUUGGCGGCUCCAGUAAAGGACCAGGGUCCAGACUACUUGCGUCUGAAGACGGAGGUUGUUGGGUUAGAAUAUGCUUUGGGAGGCGGAGUAAAUAUCAGGCUGAGAUCCGUGGGGGAUUCGGAAAUUACAGCAGAUGAAAUCCUUAGGGUGGAGAAGGUUGUGUUGGCUACUCAAGCAAGUGUGGCAGGAUGCCUUUUACGAAGUCUGGAAAAAAACCUCAAACAAUGGGGGGAAGAAAAGGAAAGGAGAAGGAUUGGGAAGAUGGUCCAGGGGUUGCAAAGUGUCAAAUAUAGGGAAACCAUUAUCGUCAAUCAUAUGGACACUUCCAUCCUUCCUCCAUUCACUGAUCGGAGAGACAUAAAUCUCCAUCUCCCUUCAGCACCUAGUUCUUUACCGGAAAAACAUCCUUCCCCAUCUCCGCCUUACUUUAAACCCACUUCGGACAGAAUCUACACUAUGGCCACUCAGAUAAUCUGCCCGAAGGCUUACGUUGGUCAGCCUGUUUUGCAAACCACAAAUCCGGUGAUGAGCAUAGACUCUAAACGGGUCCUCAGUGUGUCCAAGCUAGAGCGAGCACUCGCUCUAUCAAAUCCUCAUGAGGUACUACCCCUUCUCCAACCUCACUCUCUGAAUGCCUUAGUCUACUUGGCGGGAUCGUACGUGUACCCUGGAAUUCCACUCCUAGAAGGUUGCGUAGGAAGCGCCAAGGAAGUGGUAAAGAGCAUAUUGGAAGGAGAGAAAUAUCAUAUUGAAAGCGAACUUAGAGGGGGCCCAGAUAAGGGGGGCGAAAGGAAGCACGCUAGGCAAAUCGAGCCUGUUGGUGGCAUUGAUUGGGAAGUAGGGAGAGGGGGAUUGAUUACGAAGGCCUGGCGAUGGCGAUGGAACACGGAAAGGACUUGGAGUUAAGCUGGUACGCCUUGAUGGGGCUGAAGUGGACCCCAUUUAUAGUUUUGUCAUGUCGGUAACAUGUAUACAACAGGGAUUAUCUUCAUCAUAUACGGAGUUCUGUCGAUGUCGAUGCGAGUCGAGGAGAAGACUUCCAUCACUGUUACUCAGAUAAUUAUCUUAAAUCUACCAAUGACUUCUCCACGACUUUACGCUGAAUAACGCCAUGUGGAAUCAAUGGAUAAUAACAGGGUGGAGGUCUACUUCUCUUCCCGUCGUCCUUGAAUGUCUUCCGAGACACCAUUCGCUGGUUUCACCCACACACAAGCAACACGCCCGGAGCUCGAAACGACUUUUUCGUUCGCUACAUACCAAACGCGAUUAGUUAUUAUUAUAUUAUGUAUUGGACGAUCACC